CAAGCCAAUCAAACGCAGUUUAGGGCGUGUCCAGAGGAAAGUGGCAAGUUUGAAAACUGGAUAAACAGACAUUUGAAAAUACUUCUGCCGAGGUUACAAACCGUAGAACCAUGGAGGAAGAGGAACACACUGACCGGGAGCAGCAGCGUGCCAUGUUUUUUAGAAAACUAGACAAAUUAAAGAAGAAUCUUAACGAAGAUGACACUGACAAUAUUAACCAGGUCAUUGGUUCAAAUUCUCCUGAAUCUUGCCUGACAUUCCUACUGGACCUGGAGAAAAAGAGUGACCCCAAUUUGGACCAUAACCAUCUUACCCGACUGCUGGAUUUUCAUACCAGGGUGUUCUCUAGUUUACCAAUGCGAAAGCACUGUCUAAAUGAAAGCUAUGCAAGAUUGCUGGUUAGGUAUGCCGAGCUGGAAGCAAUACAAGAUGUCAAUGAAGCAGAAGCCCAUUUCAUUGUGGCAACAUCUCACAGCCAGAACUUUGCGUUUGUCCACGUUGCUUAUGCAAACUUUGAACACGCUCAAGGCAACACAAGGAAAUCCAUUAACAUUUUGCUAAAAGCUAUGGAACUGAAUGCAAAACCCAAAGACUUGCUGGCUCUUGUGCUAAAGAAACUUCAAAAAACAACAGUGGAUAAAGAAAACCUCCAAGUGAAUACUUUCAAUGAACCUGUUCAACGUGGCUCUGAAUGUGAAAAAAUGGGCAGCAAAUCAGACGGUACAGGAGAAUUUCAGCUGUCCAGUAAUUUGGGUUCAGGGACAGAAUAUUCCUGCCCAUCAUCAGGUGAUCAUCAUCCUGGGUGGAGGUCAGGCUCUCACCAUAAGAGAACUGGUCUUGGCUUGCCAGGGAGAGUCCCUAUCAUUCCUUAUCCUAUCGCUGAGCUGGCCAGUGAUGAUGGCGAAGGGAAUUCUUCAAAGAAAAGUGACGCAUUCAUCCCAAACAGCUUGUCAAGGCAAACUUCUGGUUCGAGUUCCAGUGCCAUGGGUACCCUAACAUCUGCCAAAAAAUUGACAGUAGGCGGAGAUUUCCUGAACUUCAAACGCCCUGAUGCGAGUCCAGAGAUGCAGUGUUGGAAGGACCAGGCCUCAGUGGACUCCACCCCCUCCCUCCACAGACAGGGGCGCGGUUACGGGUCAAGAAUGGAAGACAUCACAUUGACUUUGAAUCAGAUGGUCAGCUCAAAUUCUCCAAAAUCCUGUUGGGAUUAUUUGCUGAAACUGGAGAAGACUGGCAACCCACAGACAGACCGCACGCUCCUGACUCAACUCAAGGACUGCUAUGCUAAAGUAUUCUCCAGACUGCCAAUUGAACAGUACACCAAGAACGAGAGCUAUGCCAAGAUACUAGUCAGAUAUGCAGAACUCAAGGGGAUUGAAGACUCGGAUGACGCAAAGGACCAUUUCAUAGUUGCAAGAUCCAACUGCAAAUACUUUGCCUUUGUUCACAUCGCACAUGCACAGUUUGAAGCCUCUCAAGGCAACAUCAAAAAAGCAACAUCAAUUCUGUCGAACGCCCAGGCACUAAACGCAAAGCCACCCAGGCUUCUUGAGUUGGCGCUGCAAAACCUUAAGGCCGGGGCAAAGAGGCUCGUACCAAAAGAAGAAGAGGAAGAACAGUCCCCGGUUGGGGUCCAGUUCCAGAGUCAGGGUCUAUCAGGUUUUAUACCUCGACCGCUGGACUCCAUCCCCAUACCUGCCCUCCAUGUUCCCACACCUGUCCUCCCUAUUCCCACACCUGUCCUCCCUAUUCCCACACCUUUCCUCCCUAUUCCCACACCUGUCCUCCCUAUCCCCACACCUGUCCUCCCUAUCCCCACACCUACCCUCCCUAUCCCAUCCAGAAUACACCCAUCCAUGGUCUGGCAGACUCCCAAUAACCAGAGGGAGCCCUAUGCAAACAGCUUUGUAACUCCUAGUGUAAGGAAGGACCCACCUGAUGUGGCUUUCUCAGCAUCGCAGAGUGCAUGCGCGGCCCAGCCACCCUCCACCCCUGUAAAACAGGUGUCAUAUUCACACAUCCAACAGAAUGUCAUGAAGGCUCUAUCAAACGAAUCAAUCACCAUUAAAGGCAAAGAGUACUUCAUCCUAAAGAUGAUUGGCCAAGGUGGAUCCAGCAAGGUUUACCAGGCCCUGGACCACAAGAAGCAGUUGUACGCAGUGAAGUGUGUGAACCUUGAGGAGGCUGACCCCCAGACCGUGGAGAGCUACAAGAAUGAGAUUGAGCAUCUGAUGCGCCUACAGCAGUUCAGUGACCAAAUCAUCAAGCUGUAUGACUAUGAAAUAACCGACCGCUACAUCUACAUGCUGAUGGAGUGUGGGAACCUGGACCUGAACACUUGGCUACGGAACCGCAAGAAGGUCCUCCCGCUGGAGAGGAAGUACUACUGGAAGAACAUGCUGGAGGCGGUCCACACCAUCCACAGCCACGGAAUCAUCCACAGUGACUUGAAGCCUGCCAAUUUUGUCAUUGUGAACGCCUCCCUGAAGCUGAUUGACUUUGGCAUCGCCAACAGCAUCCAACCAGAUGUAACAAGCAUCAUGAAGGACUCUCCAGUAGGAACCCUGAACUACAUGCCCCCUGAAGCGAUUAAAGAUACGUCAUCCCAACCUGGGAAAGCCAGCUCUAAGAUCAGUCCGAAAGGUGAUGUGUGGUCACUUGGCUGCAUACUGUACUGCAUGACCUAUAGACGCACCCCUUUCCAAAGUAUAACCAAUCAGAUCGCCAAGCUGCAAGCCAUCAUGGAUCCCUCUCACAAGAUUGAAUUUCCUGACAUUGCGGAGCGGGAUCUGCAGGACGUGUUGAAGAGAUGCUUGGUUCGUAACCCAAGGGAGCGGAUCUCUAUUGCGGAGCUUCUGGAGCAUGCAUACCUGCAGCUUGAUUCCCAGCCGUCACCUGAGACAAGACUUCCGAAUAGUGAUUUGGAAAGAAUCCUGACGGACCUGGCAGCACUCAACUCUCCCAACAGCAUUGUCAGAGCUGCUAAUAACCUGGCAAAGAUGUGCAACAGUGGCAGAAGGCUGGACGUGGCCGAGUGUGUAAAGUCAUCCAGCCAACUAUCUUGGAAGAUGUGAUAUUUUUUGGUGCACUUUUUUUUCUACUUAGCUCAUUCUCUGUACAUUUAUAUCAAAGACAUUAUAUCUAGUAGGUUGCGUUUCUAACGUCCAUUUUUUAUUUUUUAUUAAUGUCAUUUCAUUUAUAUAACUUUUCACCUUUUUCCUCCUCAUUGCUGCAAAGUAUAGUUCCAACUUACCAUAUUGUAUUCAGCCCGCACUAUUUCUUCAAAUUAUUCAAAACGGAAAGUUUUCUUACAUCCUGUGAUAAGUAACCACAUACUUAAAUAAACACUUUGUUUAUUUUAUUUGCCGAUUUUCUAAAGUGAAAUUGAAUGCACAUAGUAUCAGUGUAUUUCUAAAUGGAAGUGUUUGAUUAAACUACACAUUUUAUUUUUA